AUGAGCCAAAGAAUGAGCGCACUUCAACCGAAUCGAUUCAUUAAUUAUCAAACGAACGGAAAUAAUAGGAAUCAUCAAACGCAUUUACAAUCUCCGAACGGUUUUCCGCAAAAUCUAAGUUUUAGCGGGAGCGAAACGGACGUCUCGACAUCGAAUGAAAAUUUAAGUCACGAAGAAAGAUACGUGAUUCGACACACGGCACGUCAAGAGCCUCAGGGUCAGGAAAAUUUAACGGCUCCAAGUUCAAAUCGGAGCAGUUUAAAACAAGGUGAAUUAGGUUCGAAUCGUAGCAGUCUGGAUGUGUCGACAUGUUCGUAUAACACUUUAAUUAUUCACAAUGCGGACGAGUCGUGGGGAGGAAGAUUGUCGGGUAUUAGAGACGGAAAUAAUUUAUCGGAAAAUAAUUCUCCACAUCACUCGCACAUACAGAGCGAUCCCAACAAUAAACCUUUGGUUCUACAGAAAGGAUCAAAUUCUCCUUCUCCUUCCCUUUGCGGCGGGAAGGACAGAACCAGUUACGAUGGUAACGGGAGAUUGCUCUACGAUUCGGGAGUUAGGGACAUCACGGAUAUUCCCGACGAUUAUCUGAAUCAGUCUCAGGUUUUAAAGCACUUAGCCAAAGAAGUCAAGGUUCCGCCAUCGUCUUUAGUCGAAGAAGCCAUGGAUCCAAUAAGCGAACAUAAAAGACAUUCGUUAACCAGACGAGAAAAUCCGCCACCCGAAUAUCCGGGUGGAAAAUUCGUCGAUAGCUCUCCGAGCACGAUUCUAAUGCAGAGGUGUAAGAAUGGUAAAAAAGACAAGAAUCAAUUAUCGAAAUCUCAGCCGGAUUUAUCCAAAGUCGGAGUCGGUAGACCGAAAACGAAAGGAAGAGAAGAAUUCAGCGAGGGGGGAAAACGUUGGGCCGAAAUGGUCAAUAGUCUUGCACAAGAGAAUAGUAGGCUUAAAUCGGAAAUCGAAUCGUACAUGCAAAAAGUUGCCAAAACGCAAAAACUCGAACAAGAAAUCGCAAAAGUUCACAGGGCUCAGGAAGAAUUGGUUCAGUCUUCGGAGAGGAGAGGAAGGUUGGAAAGAGAAGCGAGGAAUAGGUUACAAAACGAUUGCAGACGAUUGCAAGAAACGAACAGGUCACUAAGGGAUCAAGUUGAAGUCUUAUCAUCUCAGUUGCUAUCCACGAGAAUACCAUCUGGAGAUGCACCGGAAGCACUAAGGAGAGAAUUGAACAGUAGAGAUAUAUUAAUCGCCCAACUCAUCACUCAAAAUAAGGAAUUAGUCGCGAGUAAAGAAAGGCAAGAAAUUGAAUUGGCUGCUCAGAGAGCGACUCUUCAAGAGCAAAGAACUCACAUCGACAUUUUAGACACGGCACUAACAAAUGCUCAAGAAAAUGUAGUCAGGUUAGAAGAAGAGUGUCGCAAAAAACAAAUGUACGUUGAACUAGUGGCACAAUUAAAAUCGGCAUUGGCUACUCAGCAACAGGCGAGCAGUCGAAGGGAACAAACGGAACAUAAAUUAAGGUUACAACUGGAAGGUGAAUUGAGAGCGGAAAGAGCGAAAAAUGCGGGAACGGAUAAUUCUACAGGCGCGAAUGCGAGUGGUUCUAAUAGUGGAACCGCAGGUGUCGGCGAAUCAAAUUCCGAACUAAAAAGAAAACUAAGAGAAAGGGACGAGUUAAUAAUGAGGUUAGAAGGAGAAGUUGCCAAAUGGGAGCAAAGAUAUUUAGAAGAAAGUGCUUUGCGUCAAGCUGCCAUCGAUGCUGCUAGUCUUCCAAAGGAUGCUAAAAUAGCCGCCUUAGAGAAAACGAGUCAAGAAACGGAAAAAUUAAUUGCCGAGGCUAGAUCUGAAAAAAUACGACACAUGGACGAAGUACACGCGGCGCAAAAGAAGGUAGCCGAUUUAGAGGCUAGAGUCAAAGAUUUAGAAUCUAAAUUGGCGGAAAAGGAUGCCAUGAUAAAAGUUUUGCAAAAGCACACUUACGACAAAGAAGUAUCCGCGUCUUACCCGAGUAUUGCUUUGGGCCGAUCUCCACAUCACACGCCUCACGGAAGUCUCAACACGGAUCUAUUGGGUACUUCCGUUUCGAGAGAAGAAUUAGGUCCUACGUCUGGUGUGUUUUCAACGGUGUCAAGCGUUUUAACAUCGGGUGCAGGAUUCACGUCGUAUUCCGGAUGUAGCGAUUCCGCGAGUAAAUUAUUUCAUCCCUCGACCUAUCACCCGACGACAAGUGCCAGUUUCAACACGACGACGUCAUCGUUAACGUGCAACGAUUCAAACGGUAAACUCGGAUACCACGGAGGUGAUUCAUCGUCGAAAUUAAGUUUCGGCGGGGAUUCAUCGGGAUCGAAAUUGAGUUUCGGAACGGAAUCGGGAUCCAAAUUGAGUUAUCACGGGGAUUCCACGAAUAAAAUCGGUUACGCGAGUUACCGUGGGAAAUUCGGAGGGAAUCAAAGUUUCGACGAUACUAAAAAAUCAUUGGACGAUCAAUUGAAAGAAUUAGAUUCGCAAUUGGAUUCUCAACUCCUGAGCAAGCGAGGUCUUUGCUGUUUUCCAGGAUUCUCUAAUCCAAGCACUACGCCGAGAAAAGGAAAAAUAUCCCAGCCAUUAUUGGCGGGUGUAGUAGGGCUCGAAACCGCGGGAGGAUUUCUGGGCGGAUUGGUUCGUUCGGAACAACAGGAUAAACCCGAGGAAAUGCUUUUAUUGGAGAAACAGGGGAGAAGUUCGCAGAGGCAGAGAAUGCCUGAAUCGUCGGAAAGGGGGGGGAGUUUACCACCGAGUUCUCUUCCUCGUCCCCGACGAUCGAGAGACCGUAAAUUGGGCGAAUACGGACGGUUGAGCGAUGGAGAAGCCGGAACCGCGAGGAAAGCAUCGACGAAUUCGAGCGGUUCGGAAGACAUAACGAAAACGACGACACCGCCACCGAGACCCACGAAUCAAUCCAAAUUGGAAUAUUCGAGAUUCAGAGAAUUGAGAAAAGGAUCCGCGGAUUCCGGUAAGAUGGAUUUCCGUUUCGGAGACGCGAGAAAAACUCCCUCGCCCUUGGACGCGUCCAAUUUCGGACGUUACGAUUCGCGGAAAAAUACUGGGAUGGAAAGUCCGAGACAAUUCGAAUACGCGAGGUUAUGCGAUUCGCGGAAAACGCCGCCGCCGCCGCCGUCACCGACCCCGACUCCGUCGACUCUCGACGGUCAAAACAAAUUAGAGUACAACAGGUUUAGCGAUACCAGGAAAACCCCGCCCGUCGAAACCUCUCCCAAGAACACGGUGAAAAAAUCAUUUUUACCGCAUCCGAGAAAACUCGGGGAUUACGGACGGUUCGGGGAUGGAAAAGGAAACGGGAUAAGGAUAAGUUCGGAUUCGAAUCCCUCGACGAGAGGGACGAGGGAUUCGGCGGCGAGUGCCGCGAGCGGAGAUUCCGCGACGGGAAUGUCGACGUCCUCCGAUCAGUCCAAGGUGAGGCUCCUUUCUCCGUCUCCGACGAGGCGUGGUUCGUCGUCGUUAACCCGUGAAACUCCGUCGAGUGGAAAGUACAGGAUACAAUUUUGA